GCAUCUGCAUUCAUUAUGUUUCUCCACUCAUUUAUUCAAGUUUUUCCUUUAAUUUUUUUAAUGGUGUAUCUUCCGAUCUGUAGUUCUGCAAUGUUCUUGGACCAUCUUGCAUGCACAGCUCUUUUAAGACCUACCCACAGAUUUUCAAUUAUGUUUAAGUCAGGGGACUGUGAGGGCCAUGCCAAAACCUUCAGCUUGCGUCUCUUCAGGUAGUCCAUGGGGGAUUUCGAGUCAGACUGCUGCGGGCCUGUGCUCCACCGACACUCACAUGACCUUUGGAACAGGCUUCUGGACGAGCAAAGCUCAACACUGAGGCACCAGAAAUAAACAACGGAAAGGCUGAGCUAUACUCCACAUUAUUGUUCACUGAUCUGGAAUAACCACAAAAUAUGGUGUGUGAUGGCUUAAGUUAGAUUUACCUUCAUCAUUUUUUGUAAAAGCUGUGACGUUCAAAUUGAUUUUGCUUCUUUAAAGUCAAAGGUAGUGCUAUGUUAUCCUUUAUCACGUCGUUUCUUCCGACUUCCUACUUCCUACCGGGGUGGUUGACUCUGGAUACAAAUCCAUUGAAUCAUUUACUUCAAGGACUGGUUGGAGCAUGUGGGAUCUCUGUGCUGUGCUCCCUGAUGAGAGUACAUUUGCUUUUAAAGGAGGAAAGCUGGAGUGAUAAAGAUGAAUCAAGCCAGAGGACAUCCAGUCAUCAAAGGGGAACUAAGGGAGGAUUUGCUGCGAUGCUGCAGUUUUUCUUUGUGACUGGGAUGCUGGCUGUAGUGGGUUCCCGUGUGGCCUCUCUGGUGGUGCUAGAAUUUAGUCUUCGAGCUGUCUCUGGAUGGAUAACAGCUGGACCAGAGUCUGGAAGAUUUCUGCAGCAGCUGUUAGUGCAAAGCCAGUUCUCUCUGGGCUGCGCCCUAAGCUGCAGUUUGCACUUUCUCCACGAGGGUGCAUCCCAGCGUUGGCUGUGCCUGCUCCUGGCAGCAGCACUCAGCUGGUUCCUGGCUCAGCAGGCCACACGCCUGCUGCACCAUGUCAUGGCUCUGUAUAAACUCCACAGCUCACAGCGAUACUGCGGCAUCUGCAUCAGCCUCCUCACAUCAGGCCGCUGCCUGCUGCCCAUGCUGUGCAAAACCCUGUUCAUUACCUUCUCUGUGGCUGUGAUAGCUGCUAUAUCAAUCAUCAAUCAACACUUCCUUUCUGCAACAGAAGCCCUCAGGUUUUGGACACCACUGACUAUCUGCUACACACUGUUGGUGGUGCACAUGCAGGAGGAGCAGCACCGUCUGCCCAGCAGCCAGGCUGUCCUGAACACAGUGGUGGUUCGUCUCGGGGGUUUGAUGGUCCUGAUGCUGACUGUUGGACGCUGGAGCGACGUGUUUCACAUCCUAAUGUGUUUCCUGGGUGAGGCCAGCUGUCUAAUCCCCACUAAGGAUCUACUGGAUGCAUCAUCCUCACGGGAUGAAGAGGAUUAUACAGACAACGUAAAAAGAGAACAUCGACGAAGACCACGAGCACAAGAGAAGGAGCAUCAGAGUUAGUCACUUAGUGAUGUUAAAAUCUAGUGGCACUUGUUUUUAAUGGGAGUAUUUAGUGUAAAGUCCUAUUAUGGCUUCAUAAACAGU